UUGUCGUUUUUAUUUGGUGCGACGAUUAUGAACAGCCAUGAAGGGAAGAUAAGUGUAAGCCAGGCAGGUCCCCUUGUUUACACAUUUUCACUACGUGGCCUGCAGCCAAAACGACCACAUCUCCAUGUGUCCGAAGGACCUCCCACAGCACCAGUGUUAAGUAUAUCCCUUCCUCCGGCCGCCGGGGGCAUUCGAUUUCGAUCUGCUUUCCUUCAUAUCGUUCACCAGCAAGGAGGUCCAGGAGAAGAUCUCGGCGUCGUUGAAGGGCUACUAGAUUUGUCUCCGACCAUGCGCCGGUUUGCAGUGGGACGGGCGGAAGACGCCACCCACCCUGACACCAUACGUGCAGCUCUGUCCGAGUUCAUCUCCACCCUCAUCUUCGUUUUCGCAGCCGAAGGGGCCGUUCUUGCUCAUGGUAGAUUGCACGAUGACAGCGCCUUCAUGCACUAUAAAUCUUUCUUCAUAACAUUGUCGAUCGGUGUUCUUCUUUUUCUUCGUAACAAGUUGACGAAGGGAACGUCAUCCAUGGCGGGGCUGGUCGCCGUAGCAUUAGCUAGCGCGUUGGCCCUCUUUGUCGCCGUGGCUGUUGGGUUCAAUACAUCAGGCGGCCAUGUCAACCCAGCCGUCACCUUUGGAGCUCUUGUGGGUGGUCGGCUUUCCCUCCUCCGUGCCUUCCUCUACUGGGUUGCUCAGCUCUUGGGUGCCGUCGUGGCCUCUCUCUUGCUCAGAUUUACAACUCAUGGCAUGAGACCAUACGGGUUCUCAGUCGCCGCCGGCGAAGGAGAGGUGCCGGCGCUGGUGUUGGAGAUAAUCAUGACGUUUGCGCUGGUCUACACCUUCUACGCGACGGCCAUAGAUCCUAAGAGAGGGACGAUGGGGACGAUAGCUCCGCUGGCAAUCGGUCUAAUACUGGGUGCCAACAUCUUGGCAGGUGGCCCUUUUGAUGGAGCGUCCAUGAACCCAGCGCGAGCCUUUGGCCCGUCGCUGGUGGGCUGGCGGUGGAGGAACCACUGGAUCUACUGGGUCGGACCUCUUUUGGGUGGGGGGCUAGCUGGGCUCGUCUACGAGUUCCUUAUGAUCCCCACCGAGCCCCCACGCACGCACCAGCCUCUGGCUCCUGAAGAUUACUAGUACCUGCUCCUUUUGCAUUUAGUCAAUCGUAUGCUGGUGGCGCGCAUGUAAUGUGUUUGUAAAGCAGUAUAGGCUUGCUGUGCUGUAUUUGAAUGUGUUGUCAUAACUCACAAAUAUAGAAAUAAGUAUGUAUGAGUAUGGCCUCCUCAUACUUACCCCUUUGUACUUAGCUUGUCAGUUUUCUUUGUCCUUCCUCAAAAUAGGAUAAUGAGUUCGGUGUAAGCUGUCUAUAAUACAUGUUUUCAGAGAAUGA